GUUGGCUGGCAGUGGCUUCAAGUUGAGCCGUUGUGAGCUCCGCAGCCGAACCAUUGGUGCGUAAUGGUGCACGACUGGACGGCAGAUGUUUCACCAGCGGGACACUCUGUCUCUGCACACUUUAUUUGAACCCUUCCAAGUUUUUUUUUCCUUCAGCGUAGGCGUGCGUUAACUCGGUGUCCUGCCUUUUUAAAAGUUAUCUAAGGAAGGAAGAGGAGAUAAAGCAAGAAAGAAAAAAAAAAAAAAAGAAGUGGACGACUUCUUCCAAAAACCGUCCCGGUUUCUACCGGGGAGUUGUCGUCAUCAGCACCCCAGAUAUCCCCCCUCUCCAGCUCCCUAAAUGGAUGGGGCAGUCUUGGUCUAUGCAGUUCAACGCAGGCCAAAAGAUUGGAAACAACUUGUGAGUAUCCGUCAGUUUGGCGUCUAAGAGGGGAAACGCUCAGAAAUGCCCGGCUGCCUCGCUGGAGCUCAACUCUGAGGACUUUUUCUCCUGCAGUUUGUGCAGGGUUUUUUUCAGGAGGAAGGACUAAAAGUUUACAACAGAAAGGAAAACUUUGCGCUGAAGUGGCAGCUCUCUCACUAUAAGCCCUCACUAUGGAUUGUAUGUAUUUAUUGAUGUGCUUUUCACUCAGUCAAGUAUUUUUGGAGCAUAUUUUGGCUGCAGAAACGCACGAAAAACUCUCUGGAAAGUUAAGUGAAUAUGGUCUUAUCGUGCCAUUCAGCACAGACUCCUGUGGCCGGUACAUUUCUCACGUGGUCUCUGCUGUAAGUGGAAGUAAAGGUGCUGCUGCAACCGCCGCCACUGCUACUGAUGCCACCUCAGCCUUUGGCAGCAGAAGAAGGGUGGCCCGCGGUGCCCCCAAGAUGCCCUCGGUCACCCCUGGCUCAGCUCAGCACUUGUUUUUCAAUGUCACUGUGUUUGGGAAGGAGCUGCACCUCCGGCUGAGGGCCAACAGGAGGCUGGUGGCCCCGCGGGCUUUUGUGGAAUGGCAAGAGGACUUUGAGGAGAAAGCCAAGGAAAGGAUCCACGGGGACUGUGUCUUUACUGGGGAUGUGAGCGACAUGCCGGAGGCCUCUGUGGCCAUCAGCAACUGUGAUGGACUGGCAGGCCUGAUCCGGACUGAUAAUGGGGAGUUUUUCAUUGAACCCCUCGAGAAGGGCCAGCAGGAUGUGGAAGUGAAGGGGCGUGUCCACGUGGUCUACCGCAGAUCAGCCAUCAAGCGGGAGACGGGCCAGCGGAGAGACGACCUUCACAACGAAGUGGCAGACAUCGGGAUCGCGGACCUCCCGGCGGCUCUGGACCUCGUCGAACAUAAGCUGUCUGAGUCUGAUCGCAAGAGGAGGCAUGCGAAGAAAGAUGACUACAACAUCGAGGUGCUGCUGGCUGUGGAUGACUCGGUGGUUCGCUUCCACGGCAAGGAGCACGUGCAGAAUUAUGUUCUCACGCUCAUGAACAUAGUUGAUGAAAUCUAUCACGACGAAUCUCUGGGAACGAACAUCAACAUUGUCCUCGUUCGCAUGAUAAUGGUCGGGUACCGGCAGUCUAUCAGCCUGAUCGAGCGUGGCAACCCAUCUCGCAGCCUCGAGCAGGUGUGCCGAUGGGCCAACACGCAGCAGCGCCGCGACCCCGACCACGCCGAGUACCACGACCACGCCAUCUUCCUCACAAGGCAAGAUUUUGGUCCCGCAGGUAUGCAAGGUUAUGCUCCAGUGACAGGGAUGUGCCACCCACUGAGGAGCUGCACUCUGAACCAUGAGGAUGGCUUCUCCUCCGCCUUUGUGGUUGCUCACGAAACCGGCCAUGUGUUAGGUAUGGAGCACGAUGGCCAGGGGAACCGCUGUGCUGAUGAGACCAGUAUGGGCAGCAUCAUGGCGCCACUGGUCCAAGCAGCUUUCCAUCGCUACCACUGGUCUCGCUGCAGCAAACAGGAGCUCAACAGAUACAUCCACUCCUAUGACUGCCUGCUGGAUGAUCCUUUUGAACAUAAGUGGCCCAAGCUUCCUGAGCUCCCUGGGAUAAAUUAUUCAAUGGAUGAGCAGUGCCGCUUUGAUUUCGGCGUUGGUUAUAAAAUGUGCACAGCUUUUCGAACCUACGACCCUUGCAAGCAGCUGUGGUGCAGCCACCCGGACAACCAGUACUUUUGCAAAACCAAAAAAGGUCCUCCAGUCGACGGGACUGAGUGCGCACCAGGGAAGUGGUGCUUCAAGGGACAUUGCAUCUGGAGAUCCAGCCAGGAGCCCCAGGGUCACGAUGGAAAUUGGGGCUCCUGGUCUAAGUUCGGCUCUUGCUCCAGAACGUGUGGAGGGGGAGUUCGCUCCCGCAGCAGGCAGUGCAACAAUCCCCCGCCUGCCUACGGUGGUCGAGACUGCCCCGGCUCUGCUUUUGACUACCAGAUGUGCAACACCGAGGAGUGCGCCGGCCCUUACGAGGACUUCCGCGCUCAGCAGUGCGUCCAGAGAAGCAACAAAUACCACAAAAACAUCAAGCACACUUGGCUGCCGUACGAGCACCCAGAUGAGGCCCGUAAAUGUGAGCUGAGCUGCAAGUCCAAGGAGACAGGAGAGGUGGUGUUCAUGAACCAGGUGAUGCAUGAUGGGACGCGAUGCAGCUACUCGGACCCCUUCAGUGUGUGCGCUCGAGGAGAAUGUCUCCAUGUCGGUUGCGACAAGGAGGUCGGCUCGUACAAACAGGAGGACAAAUGUGGAGUGUGUGAGGGGGACAACUCCCACUGUCGCACUGUGAAGCUGACACUCACCAAGACGCCCAAAAAGAAUGGUAUGCUGAAAAUGUUCGACAUCCCCAUAGGAGCCCGUCACAUAGUCAUUGAAGAGAAUGAGACCUCCCCUCAUAUAAUUGCUGUGAAGAAUCAAGUUACUGGAAGCUUCAUACUGAAUGCGAAAAGUGAAGAUGCUGAGUCAAAGACCUUCAUCGAAAAUGGUUUACAGUGGGAGUAUUCCAUCGACGCUGAGAAGGAGACUCUGAAAACAGCUGGUCCUCUGCAUGAAGGCAUCGUAGUUCUGGUCAUUCCUCAGGAAGAAGAGGCCAAAGUGAGCCUGACUUACAAGUAUAUCAUACAUGAGGACCUCCUACCGCUUAUUACCAACAACAACGUGCUUCUGGCUGAACUGGACACGUAUGAGUGGGCACUGAAGAGCUGGUCUCAGUGCUCCAAGCCUUGUGGGGGAGGUGUACAGUACACAAAAUACGGAUGCAGGAGGAAGAGCGACAGCCGUCUGGUGCAUCGUAACUUCUGCGAAACCAGCAAAAAGCCUAAGCCCAUCCGCAAGCGCUGCAACAUCCAAGAGUGCAGCCAGCCCACGUGGGUGGUGGAGGAGUGGAGUCCCUGCAGUAAGACCUGCGGGAAGCUGGGCUACCAGAGCAGGGUGGUGCAGUGCAUGCAGGUGCUCCACAACGGCACCAACAGAGUAGUCCACAGCAAACACUGCACCGACAGUCGACCAGAGAUGAGGAGGGCCUGUAACCACACCGUAUGCCCCGCCCAGUGGAGGACCGGGGCGUGGUCUCAGUGCUCGGUGACCUGUGGUGAAGGGAUUCAGCAGAGACAGGUGGUCUGCAAGGCCAGCGACAACACCAUCGGAGAGUGUGAGGGCGAGAAGCCGGAGACAGUCCUCAUAUGUAAACUAAGUCCAUGUCCAGGUCAGCCAAUGUCUUCUCUCACCUCUCAAACAGUAGAAAAUUCUACAAUGAAAGACGAAGCUGUAUACCAAAGGGUUCCUGAAAACCCUGUCCAAAAAAUCUCCUCCAAUGAACCUUGUCUGGGGGAUAAAUCGAUUUUCUGCCAAAUGGAGGUCCUCGCCCGCUAUUGUUCCAUCCCUGGAUAUUAUAAGCUCUGUUGUGAGUCUUGUAACAAGAAAGAAAGCCUCACCACGCACAUUCCCGAUUUCCACAACACCCCAGUGGCCUUCGCUGAAGCCGUUACUGCCACUGUUUCUCAUCCUGCCUCAUCCAAAACUCCUCCCGUCGCCACAACCCAGACCCCACCACAAACCACUAAAGCCGUCAGUCGGUGGCUUCUCUCCACUGCGCCGGUGCCGACCACGGCCUCCGCUGCUCAAGCUUCACCAUCAACAGAUGCUGCUCAGCCCCAGCAUCCUACCGGCGACUACUUCCUCACCGCCGGGAAGAGAGAUUCGGGUGCGGGGCAUCUUCUACCUCCAGGGUCGACUCGGCCCACUGCAGACUCCAGUGGAGGUGCCUCUAAAGAGCACAGUCCAAACAGCACUUUAGGCCCAGUCGCUGCCAGGUCAAGAAGGGACAAUUUAGGAUCCGAGAGGGACUCAAGUCACAGAACCUUGUCAGCUCAGAAAUGAACAGCGAGCAGUGUUGUGAACGUGCUGCUUAGUGAGACGUCUCAAACAUCAGCUCACACUCCGGUGCAGUAUCUGAUUCACUCUUGCUGCAGAUAAUGUCUUUUUUUUUUUUUUUUUUUUUUACGAUUUUUUUGUUGUUUCCAUGCCAGUGAACUUAGACCAGACCAGUGAUGGUUACCUCAUCAAAACUCCAGAGCGAUCUGCGUGUGCGGCGUCGCUCUGCCCUCUGUGCUUUGAAUACGAAACGGAAGUUAAAAAAAAAAAAGUUGUCAAACCGAAGGUGCUGUAAACUAAAACGACUACAAGACGUGUUCAAAAUGUGAUGACUGCAUUGCUACAUUCAUGUUUUUAUCUGUGUACAGUUGUGUAAGCCUGUUUUUUUUUCUUUCAAGUGCAUCAGAACUACUAUUGAACUUGUAUUGUGAACAGGAGGAGAGGUCAAACGUUAUGGAGGUGCAUGUAACAGCUGUGGAUUCCUGAGUGUGCCAUUGGAGUAAUUACAGACCAGCGUUCAGCUAGAGUCAGUUAUUAAGCUGCUACAUUUGCUAAUUAAAUUAAAAUUGAAGCUACACAUCAAAAGCCUAUAAAAGACAUCCUUCCCUUAUUAUCCUAAUUUGAAAGCAUUCAUUUUUGAGUUGCAGGAGUUAUUGAACAAAGUAUUUUUCGUCACUUCUAAUAUUUUUGCCUCCUUUUAAUUUUCCAUAUCAUGAUAGCUCCAUUUUAAAGAUGACUGUUGAUGCAGUGUGUUGACUUAUAAAGGUUUUACAUCCAACCAACAGAGGAGUAAAUGGAAGUCUGGCUGUCGAGCUGGUGAUUUCUGACUAACAAAAAAAAAAACAUCUACUGUUUGUUUUUUUCAGGAAAAGGUACUAAAAUCAUACAUCACAAAAUAUCUGUUGCUCUGAACUCAAAUCUAAAGGUCAAAAUGCAUUUGAAAGCAGCCAUGUUUGCAGAAUGUUGGCAAAAUUGUUACUUUUUUUUCAUGUUUUAACCCAAACAGUUCAUUAAGUCAUAGGCGUCAGUUUAGGGGGGGACGGUGGGGACGUGUCCCCACCACUUUUUCUCAGGGGUCAUUUUGUCUCCAACACAUUCAAAUUCUUCACAUGUAAGUCGUUGUAAACCCAGUUAUUUUCAGUAGUAUAGAAAAUUCCGAUGCUCCUGAACGCACCAUCCGCACUCAGCCGAGAGUUGCACAGACACGCAGCACACCUUCGUGAGGAUUAAAAAAAAAAAAAAACGCGCAGAUGCUAAAUUUGCGCCUGUGCCAAGUGGAAGCUCCGACCAGAGGCGUGCAGGGGCAAAAUUUCGGCCCGGGAGAAUUAGUACUAUAGCGGCCCACAGACCACUCUAUGCAUGUACUGAUAGCUGAACAGUUUGAGCCUCCGCCUUUGGUGUGGUGGUUGUGAGUUGGAGCCCAGCUUGUGGCAUUUUGCCGCCGUUCUUCGACAUUUUCUCAAAGUGCUGUGGUCUCUCCCCCCCCCCACUUUAAAAAACAAACUGACGCCCUUGCAUUAAGUGACUGUUAGUUUUCAGUCCAAGCUCUUAUUUACCAUACUAAGAGAGGCUCUAUUCAUCGUCUCAUCUAACAGCAAGACAGCGAGAGAAAUGUCAAGCUGCUCCUUUCAUGCUACUUUAAUGGAUGCACUUGUAAUGGUUUUUUUAAAAUUAUUUAUCAGGCUGCUAAUUAAUUCUAGUCAAGCAUUUGUUAAGUCCAUAAUUACUCCAGUGGCACACUCCAGACUUCAUAGUCAUCACUCCUGGCAGGGAGCUUCAUGGCUUCUCUGUCCCCCGGUGCUCUUUUUCUUUCUUUUUUUUUUUUUUUUUUUGUUGUUGUCCAGAUCGAACAUACUGGUGAUUAUUGUCACUGAUUUAAAAAAAAAAAAAAAUCACGACUGUUUGCAAGCCGACACCACUGUAGCAUGCCCUCCGUCUGUCUUCGUGGAAGUCAGUCUCUUGAUGCUUUAAAAACAAACAAAAAAAGAUUUCAGAAAAGUCACAUUAUGAUGUUUUUUUUGUAACUGACACAUUUUUUUCAGAUAAUAAUGUAUAUAGUGUAAAUUACAAGUUAUGAAAAAGUGUACGUUGCAGUUUGAAAACACAGGUGAUGCUGUACGUCCACAGACUGGUUGGUCAUACUGUUACACCGUUCCUGCAUUGCGGUUCAUAACGUCAUUAUGUUUAUUGUAUAGUUCUUGUAUAUACGUACGUGAAUGAAAGCUUUAAAUGUUAAUAUUUAUUGAAUUUUUAAGUGGUAUGGUGAACAAAGUAAAACACAUUUGAAAGAACGGA